AUGAUCAGCAUGGAGCUUCCUGGUCACGGGACGCAGCACGGGGCCCUCCACCUGGGCGUCGGCGUGAACCCGGGAGACGGGGGCAGCGCCCUCGCCGGGAUCCAUCCGCACCCCCAGGACUCGCUUCUGCAUCACCACAAUUCUGGAGCCACGACACCCGGAGGUAUGCACGAGGACUCCAAGAAAAAACAUGACGGAGCCCACGGGAUGAAUCAAGAUGGUCACGGGGGCGUGAACCAACUGGGUGGCGUCUUCGUCAACGGGAGGCCCCUGCCGGAUGUCGUGAGACAAAGGAUCGUCGAGCUGGCCCACAGUGGUGUCCGGCCUUGCGACAUCUCCAGACAACUCAGGGUAUCCCACGGCUGUGUGUCCAAGAUACUGUCGAGGUACUACGAGACGGGGAGCUUCAAGGCGGGCGUGAUAGGGGGGUCGAAGCCGAAGGUGGCGACCCCCCCGGUAGUGGAGGCGAUUGCCAACUACAAGAGGGACAACCCCACCAUGUUCGCCUGGGAGAUCCGGGACCGAUUGCUGGCCGAGGGGAUCUGCUCGCAAGACAACGUGCCAUCGGUGUCCUCGAUCAACCGGAUCGUGAGGAACAAGGCCGCCGAGAAGGCGAAGCACGCACACCAGCAGCAGCAGGCGCAGCAGCAACAAGGUCAGCAACAAGGCCAGCCAGGAUCAGGUGGUUCCGUGUCGGUCAUAGCCCAUGCACCGGCCACGGCCGCUGGGCAUCCCGCUGCAACUGCACCGAACGCCUACAGCAUCAGCGGCAUCCUCGGGAUACCGGCCCACCAUCAAGAUCCCAACGGCAACAGCAUCAAGAGAAAGCGCGCCGACGACGAUGAAAAUCGCGAUCUGAACGAUCACCCGGAGGACGACCUCAAGAGACAAAGGAGUAAUUACAACGGCGAUCAGCUCUACUCGAACCUGUGGUCGAGUAAAUGGAGCAUCAAGGACGAGCACAAGCUCCUGAGCGAGCUCGGGGGUAGCGGCGGCGGCGGAGGCGGCGGCGGGGGCGGCGGUACCGGAACCGGAGGCAGCACAGGGGGCGGCGGCGGAGGCGGCGGAGGUGGCGGCGGCGGCGGCGGCGGCGGGUACUACGAGCACGGGGGGUUCCCGGGGAACGUUAUUGCCACCUCCGCGGAGCUGUACGACUCCCUGGGCACCAUCAGCACCAUGACGCAGGCGCAGACGCCGCACCUCUACACCCCGCCCAUAGGGGGCACCAUAGCAGGUGGUACUUUGACGCCGCUCGCGCCACUGACGAUGCAAGAGCUAAAAUUGAGCCAAACAUUGGACGGGGCUAACAUGUCUCCUUACCACACCACCGCCGAGAGCGGUACCGUCGCAGUCUCGUACGUAGGCGUGGGGGCCGGCGGGGGCGAGCAGAGCCCCCCGAUCUCCCUGCAGAACGAGGGGAACGCCACCCCGGCGGCCCCCAACACCCCCGGAGGCGACCCCGGAUUGACGGUCCUGCAGCCUCCAGUCUCCCAGCCCCAGGUAGCGUCUGCGAUCCCGCCGUACUCCACGAUGUUACCCAGUUUUGGACACUACGCGACCGGUGGCGGUGAUUACGCCUACAGCGCGGCGUACUCUCAGUACUCGAGUGCACCCUACAGUGGGUACGGCUACGGUGCGGCGACAAGCGGGUUGCUCAGCUCGACGUACUACUACUGCAACGGGGACACGCUGGCGUCUUCCCAGAACGGCGGAUGCGGCAACGGAGGUCCGGACGGGAGCGCAGAGGUGGCGAGUCGCUCUCCGCUCGCGGCGACGCGGGCGAGCAGCGGCGCAAGCGCGGCCUCGCCGACCGGAAGUGCCUGCACCAAGCCGGACCACGCCGGAACGCCGACGGACCUUUACCUGGCCUGA